AUCAAUUAGUAAUUUAUGAUCUUUAUUCUCUUCUCCCGCCCACCCCUCCUCCUCCUCCUCCGCUACCAUCGUCAUCAAGAUUGCAACAGCACCACAGACUCGGGCCCCAACUCGCCGCCCUCGUCGACGACAUUGUCGGUGGGCGUGGUCGGUAGCCGCGGCUCACCGACCAGCGCGCCCAUCCAGGAGGAGAACGAGGAGGGCAGCCAGUACCAGCCCGGCCAGCGGAGCAGCAUCAACGACCUGCCGCUCUUCAGCUCGCCCUCCCUGCCAAACAUAUCGCUGGGCCGUCCGCAUUUAACCAACGCCCAGGCGGGCCAGGCCAACUAUGCCAUGUUCGCUGCACUGCAGCAGCAUGCGGCGGCCGCUGCCGCCGGAUCCGGUGCGCCGCCCGUGAAUGUGCCCGGCGUGGGCGUGGGCGUGGGCGUGGGAGUGGGCGUUGGCACACCGCCCACCUACUACAAUCCGCUGGCGAUGUCGUUCGGCGGGCGGCAGCCGGGGCCGCCGCUCUCGAUGAUGCCCGCCACGGGCAUUGCGCCGCAGCCGUCGCCGGUGGUGCGCUCCGCCUCGGCCACGUCCACGUCCUCGUCGCAGGCCUCGCUGGUGGGCGACACGGCGCCGCCGCAGGCGCAUGCCGCCUCCCUCACCUCGGCCUCGUCCUAUAUGCAUCUGAGCGGCAGCACUGCCGUCAAUCUCCACGCGGCCGUGGCGGCGGUGGCUGCUGCUGCCGCCGCUGGCUCGCUGCCGCCCUCGAACAGCCACAGCCACAGCCACAGCCACAGCCACGCCCAUGCGCUCUACAGUGCGCACCAGCAGCAGGCGCAGGCGCAGGCGCAGCAGGUGGCCCACGCACACGCGCCCAUCACGGACGCCCAGGUGGCGCAGGUGCAUCUGCACAAGCAGGGCCACCGUCCACUGGGACGCACCCAAUCGGCGCCCCUGCCCCUAGGCCAUCCCAUGCUCACGGGCGCCAGCCAGCUGAGCGUGGUGCAGACGCACUACGAGAACAGCGAGGCGGAGCGACAGGCGUACGAGCACCAGGUGCUCACGCAGAAGCUGCGCCAGAAGGUGCUCACGCGCAGCGACGCGGCUGCGGCGGCGGCUGUGGUCGCUGGGAUACGCGAGCCGCAGCUGCAGCUGCGCGAGGAGGAGGACGACACGGCGGCCGAGGUCAUGGACCUGACGGACAAGAAGAAGCCGCCCAAGACGGUGCUCACCAGCACGAUUGCUACCAGCACCUCGCAGAAUCUGCCGGAGGCCCUGGCCGCCGCCUCCUAUCGGGCGGCCGCCAAGUCCAGCAAGCUGCGGGAUCAGGAGUAUUUGCAGCAGCAGCGCGAGCUGCUCUACCUGCACGAGGAGGAGCUGGCCAAGGACCUGAUGCGCCCGCUCUCGCGCACCCUCAGCAGCCCCCUGGUGCCGGGCCACGGCCUCAGCCAGAUACCCGACACAGGGCAGCAUCCGACGCCCAUCGCCACGUCCUCGUCGGCCGACCAUAUUCCGCCCGUCAACCUGUCGCUGCCCCACAAGCGCCAGCUCUUCAGCAACGUCUAUGCGGCCCAGUUGCGACAGCAUCACCAGCAGCAGCAGCAGCAGCAGUCGUCGGUGGAGAGCGGACUGCCGGCGCACAAGAAGAUCACAACGGGACUGGCCUACGAUCCGCUGAUGCUGAAGCACGCGUGCAUUUGCGGCGACAACGCGCCCCAUCCGGAGCAUAGCGGGCGGCUGCAGAGCGUGUGGGCGCGGCUGAACGAGACGGAUCUGGUGAAGCGGUGCGAUCGACUGCGCGCCCGCAAGGCCACGCAGGAGGAGCUGCAGACGGUGCACACGGAGGCGCACGCGAUGCUCUUUGGCUCGAACCAGGGCCAGCUGACCCGGCCCAAGCUGGAGAGCACGCUCAGCGCGAGCUUCGUGCGGCUGUCCUGCGGCGGCCUGGGCGUCGAUCUGGACACCACCUGGAACGAGCAUCAUACGGCAACGGCCGCCCGCAUGGCCGCCGGCUGUGUGAUCGAUCUGGCCUUCAAAACGGCCAAAGGUGAAUUGCGCAACGGCUUCGCCGUCGUCCGUCCGCCCGGCCACCAUGCAGAGGCCAACCUGGCCAUGGGUUUCUGUUUCUUUAACUCCAUCGCCAUCGCCGCGAAGCUGCUGCGUCAGCGCGUGCCCGAAAUGAAGCGCAUCCUCAUCGUCGAUUGGGAUGUCCAUCAUGGCAAUGGCACUCAGCAAGCAUUCUACCAAAGUCCCGACAUUCUAUAUCUUUCCAUACAUCGACACGAUGACGGUAAUUUCUUUCCCGGCACUGGUGGCCCCACUGAGUGUGGCUCCGGUGCUGGUCUCGGCUACAAUGUGAACAUCUCGUGGUCGGGCGCUCUGAAUCCACCGCUGGGCGACGCCGAGUAUAUCGCUGCAUUCCGUACCGUUGUGAUGCCCAUUGCCAAGUGCUUCAAUCCGGACAUUGUGCUUGUCUCCUCGGGCUUCGAUGCGGCCACUGGGCAUCCGGCUCCACUUGGGGGCUAUCACGUAUCGCCCGCCUGCUUCGGUCUGAUGACACGCGAACUGCUCCAGCUGGCCAACGGCAAGGUGGUGCUGGCCCUCGAGGGCGGCUACGAUCUGGCGGCCAUUUGUGAUUCGGCGCAGGAAUGCGUGCGCGCCCUCCUCGGCGAUCCGGCUGCUCCCAUAGCGCCCAGCGAACUGGAGCGGCCGCCCUGCCAGAACGCCAUCAAUACGCUGCAGAAGACUAUAGCCAUACAGCAAACGCAUUGGCCCUGCGUCCGACUGCUGGAGCACACAGUAGGUCUGUCUGCGCUGGAUGCGCUGAAGAUCGAGCACGAUGAAUCUGAAACGGUCAACGCCAUGGCCGGCCUCUCCAUGCAGUCGCUGCACAGAACGCUCUCGCGUGAUGAUUCCGAAGAGCCGAUGGAUCAGGAUGAAACCAAAUAGACGAACGCGCCGCCCUGCAACGCCGUCCACGUCGCCUGCUCAACGGACUCUACUUAGUUAUUGUUGUAGUUGAAAUUAUUGUUGUUUUUAUUGUUGUUGAUGUCAUUUGUUGUUGCCGUCGGCGUCAUCGUCGUCAAUGUCGUCGUCGUCGUCGUCGUCGUCAUUAUUGUUGUUGUUGAUGUUGCUGUUGUUGUUGUAAUUGUCAUCAUCACGCGAACGUUUGUGGGUUCCUCGUCUGUCGCUUAGCUCCUUCUCUUUCUUUUACUCUCUCUCUCUCUCUCUCUCUCUCCCUCUCUACAACUGUCUCCCUCUGACUCGUUCUCUGCUCUGCCCGCAUCUUACUCUCUGUGGCACUCUAACUGUAUUUGAUACGCACAAGCCCCAGCAAACACACAAACUCAGAGAGACUGAGAGACAUAGCAACAAAUGUAACAAAACAAACAAAAAUUGGAACCAUCG